AUAUGUACUCGUUAAUGAGUCAAAAAAAAAGUUUUCUUAUGAGGAAAAAUGUGGUAAUUUUAAUAAGUUUAGUUAUUUUAAGUGUAGUAACAAUUUUGUACGUCAACAAGCACAAUGUGUCGAUCGGAGAACCUUAUUUCAUACAUUUUGAAGAGACAGGCAAUAACAUAUCAUGUCAUUAUGUAGACGAAGGAGAUGCUUUGCCGUCAGCUGAAGACACAACCUUUUCGCCGAGAUCAAACUCGAUAUUCUUCCAUGAGACGUCAUGCCGGGGAGGUCUGAACUCGCGCCAGGCGUGUGCUGUCGAGUCCGCCGCGCGGGCCCACCCGAGGAGACAGGUCUACGUUAUGUUCAGCGCACCUGUCAGCGACAUAGUCUACGAAAGAAGUUGUAUAGCUAAGCUUCGUCGCUUUCCAAACGUGCACUUCGCAAGGGUGCACAUCACGGACUACGCCAGAAAGACUCCCUUGGAAUCAAUGGUGGCAAGCGAGCCUUUUAAAGAAAGCAAGUGGCGAGUAGAACAUACGUCUGACGUCCUCAGGUACCUCACUCUAUACAAAUGGGGAGGGGUGUAUCUGGACACGGAUAUGUUGGUGGUAAAGUCUUUAACCCCUCUGGGUCACAACUGGGCAGCUAAAGAAAACAAUGGCUUAGUCAAUGCGGCAGCUAUAGCUAUUUCUAUGGAUUUCCUAGGGAGAAAACUGGCCAAUGAUGUAAUUAAGGAACUAAAAACUAACUACAGGCCAGAUAUUUGGAUUCACAACGGACCUGGCGCCAUCACAAGAGUGCUUCAUAAAUUGUGUAAAACCCACGAUCUCGCGGAGUGGUCCGCAAAUACAUGUCAAGGAUUGGAAAUUUACGGGCCCGAGUACUUCUACCCGAUUCACUACUCGAAGAAAGACGAAUACUUCAAAGCAGGAGAAUUGAAGGGCGCUGAGAAUGCUUACACUCAUCAUUUUUGGAAUAAGUUGACGCAUGACAUGAAAAUAGAAAAGGAUUCUCCAUAUGAGAAAAUGGCGAAGGAGUACUGUCCAACUAUCUAUGAAAUGUAUGGAGAGGAAUUUGGAUCUUAAAGGCAUUUUAAAGUCAAUAUCGUCUGGCUGGAUAAUCAUUUUAUCAGCCGAGAAAAAACUACACACAAAAUAUUGGAGAAUGUUUUAUUUUCAUACCUGAAAUCAAAAACUUGUACGAUGCUUAUAACAAUCUUUAGUCCAGUCAUCUUAGGUUUUAUCUGCAAACAAUAAAAUUCAUAUAAUGGACUACGGCAUUGUAUUGAAUAUGUGAAAAAAAAAAUCAAGGGCUCUCAAGCACUAGGUUUUUUCCACAGAUUUGGGUUUACAAUACUCAAAAUGUCUAGACUACUUCUACGAUUUAUGAGAAUCCGUGAUUUCAUUACAUGAGCUCUUUAUUUAGCAUAAGGUGUAUUAUAAGUUAUACUUAAUAAUAAUUUUAAGAAACCAAAUAAAUGUAUUAUUUGAAUUU